UCUUACCCACUCACCGGCUACCACCAAGUCACCAACUAAAAGUUUCCGCUUCAUAUAAAUAUAACCAAUUUUGAAGCGUGAAGCACACCUACCUACCUCCACAAUCUCCAGACUCCAUUGCAGACAAGGAAGACCAAAGCCCGCUCAUCUUUGCUUUCACCUUGUCCCUCGCCUUCCACGGUGCAGAGAUAGUAUAGUGACGAAUUAAGGUUAUUGAUCAAUUGAGAGGAAUUGGAGGAGUAGGAUUUAUGGAGGCAAAAAUUGCAAGGAGUUUUCAACUCACCCCAUGGAUUAGUUCAGAAAAUAGACUGCCAAAGUCGAAUGGCUCGCUGAGUUUUUCCAAGUGUCAGACCAAACAUCGGAGAAGUCAGAUGUUUAUUUCCUGUCACUUUCAACCUAUAAAAGCCAAGAGUUGGCACAGACCAUGUUUGCUGACGGCUUCAUGUUCUUCUCAGAAUUCUCAAGCUUCUAUUAUGGAAUCUGAAAACUCUCUACCAUCCCUUGAUGAAGUUCAAGUUUUGAAGAGUAAGUCAGAAGAGAUUGAACCGUACCUAAGCGGGCGAUGCAUAUAUCUUGUUGGAAUGAUGGGCUCUGGCAAAACAACCGUUGGCAGAAUUAUUGCAGAGGCACUUGGCUAUGCAUUUUUUGACUGUGAUACACUUAUAGAGCAAGCUGUUGGUGGAACAAGUGUUGCUGAAAUCUUUAAGCUACACGGCGAGGGCUUCUUUAGAGACAAUGAGACAGAGGUCUUGCGCAAGCUUUCUUUGAUGCGUGAGGUUGUUGUUUCCACUGGUGGGGGUGCGGUUGUUCGGCCCAUUAACUGGAGAUAUAUGCACAAGGGUAUUAGUGUCUGGUUAGAUGUACCUGUGGAUGCCUUAGCUAGGAGAAUUUCAGCAGUUGGAACUCAUUCCCGGCCCCUAUUACAUAAUGAAUCUGGGGACAUUUAUGCCAAGACUCUCAAACGUUUGUCUACACUUCUGGACGAGAGGGGGGAUGCAUAUGCCAAUUCCAAAGCUAGGGUUUGCCUAGAAAAUAUUGCUGCAAAAAGCGGUUGCAUUGAUGUUUGCACUAUCACUCCUAUGGAGAUUGCCAUUGAGGUCCGUCUCCUUGUCUCUCUUUCUCUCUCUUUUAUUUCUGUGUAUAUCCAAUCUUUUCUUGCAAUUGUCUGCAUUUAUAGCAUUUUUUAGCAUGUGAAUGUGGUUUCUAGCAUUUUUUACACUCUAAAUCGAUACAUAGGCAACAAUAAGUAUUUGCAUAGCUAACUUGGUCUCGCUCACAUCCAGGCACUUGUACAAAUUGGAAACUUCUUGAAGAAAGAAAGUAGAGAAGUGCAUUGAGCUCCAUCAUAUACAUGCAUUUUGGGUGGUAGCUCCUCUGCUUCUGUUUUUUUUUUUUUUUUUUGUUCUUCUUUUUCCUGUCCAA